AUAGCUGGCCCAGGCGCGGGGCGCGAGGGGGUAGUGUGGUCUCCUUCACCACCACCCCUCCCCCCGCGCGAUUGUGAGGGUUGCAUUAUGGCUGCUGUUCCCCAGAACAAUCUGCAACAGCAGCUGGAACGCUAUUCGGCCAAAGACACGCACAAUAAAUUAAGCCUUCAGAAACCUAAAUCUGUAGGCUUCACGUUUAAAAAGAACUUAUCUCCUGGUAGUAGCGUAUCGGUAGCCUGUCUGAAGGUACCGAACGCCACUGCCGUCUUAAGGGAUAAGGAUGUGAAUUCUGCUUCAGCCUCGUCUCUUCGGGGGAACCAGCAGAAAAGGACCGGUGGCUUCUUCGAGAAGAGUUUGAGAGCCGAAGAAACCCAGCCAUUGGGCACAAACCAGGAGGCGUCGAGUUCUCAGAAGACGCAAACUGCAGUUUCCUGUGGUUUGCAGCCUCCCGUGAAAGGUAUGACGAUCACACCGGAUCCACCCGAUAUCGUUUCCAAGAAACUAGACUUUAGUUCCGCGCUGGACACGAUCCUCAGCCUCGAUGACUGGGAUGACCUCGAUGACUUUGACACUUCCGGGAAGAACUGUCCGAAAGCUUUUGUUACCCCACCCUUGUCUCAGGCCGUCAAAGCAGGCUGGACUCCAACGUCAAGUAGAAAGACCAACGUGCCGAAUACCCGGGUAUCGAAAGUGAAGAUGGGGGAGGUUGGCGUCGAGCUUGUGGAGCUCUGUCCCGAGGGAGGGAAUCGGGUGGCACAGACGAGCGAUCCGUUGCGUGAACUGGAACCAUCGGGCGACUCUGUGGUCUCUGCGAACACGACGGCCUCCAGAGGGAUCACAGCCGAAGACAUUCAAGAAGCAUGUUCUUUCGAAGCUAACUCACACGAUGAGCAGGAAAAGAAUCAUACAGGUAACAGAGAGAAGCAGAAGAAUUCUGAGGAAAUUGAGUUCCCUAAGGGUGAGGAGGACUGCUGCUUCAUUCAGGAAUCGGAUAGCGGAUGGGACGAGAAACCUUUUGAUGGAGUAAUCCAGGAAGACGAUUAUGACGUGGACUACGUCCCCCCCUCUCCAGAGGAAGAAGUGCUUUCUUCCUCCUCCUCCUCUGCCUCCUUGAAGUGCAUUAGUGUAUUAAAGGAAUCCACUGUUUACAGUGGGAGAACUACCCCUGUUGAAUCCAACAUUUUGUCAAAACCCAAGAGAACGACCUCAGAGGAGUGCAAAAUCGAGACCGCCAUGGAACGUGAUGAUAAACAACCUCCACUGCCCCAGCAGCUGCUCAGGGUGAUGGAAGAGAUGUGUGAGAUUGUGGACACCAUUCCUAUUUGUGAACUUCAAGCUUUGCACUGUGGAAAUGAACUUCUUCGCAAGCGAGAGCACAGGAAAAGUCUCUUAACUAACUAUUUUGCCGAUUCGGACCACAGCGAUAUCAGUUCUCUUCUCGCCUCCAACUGGAAGUCCAGUCCUAUUGGCUAUGGUCGGGCUGGGCCGCCAUCUCUCUCUUCUCCUCCUUCAUUUCCAAAGACCGACUUCCGCCCCCCUGGGAAUUCUGCUAAAGACUUCAAGCUUCCACGCCUUCUCUGUGUUGCUUCUGCUGCUGAACAUCAAGGAAGUGGUCUCGGUCAAACUCCAAGGGAACUUCCGAAUUUAGAUACUUCAGUAAAUAGGACUCCAGAAACCAACACCCCUGCAAAGCCAGGAUGGCCAUCUUCUAAGCAGAAUGUCUCAGAAAGGACAUUUUUCAAUUCCCCAUCCGAAGAAGUGUCUCUGGUCAGUAGCAGCUGCGGUGAUAGAUCAAGGACAGGACAGAAGGAUGAAAGGCAUCAUUUCCCAGAGGGAGUUUUAACGAGCACCGCCUUGAAAAUUCCCAAAAAGCAUUCCGCCACGACCCCUGGUCUGCGCGACUUGGACCAAGGAGGCAGUUCAGAAGACCAGGAUCCCAUCUUUGACCUAGAUGCUUUUGAUAUAGAUGACUUUGAUGAAGACUGGGAGGAUCCAGCCGGACCAUCACCCGUGGGCACGUAUCCACCCAUCAGAGAAGGCCAGCCAGCGAAAUCAUUGUCCAAGAAAACGUCUCCCACCAAAGGAAAUUGCCUCCCCGUGUAUUCUGCUGCCAAAAAUACACAUUUCUCAGGGCCAGUCCAGACUUGUACCAGUGGGUGGGUUCAGAAUUCGCCCUCGAGGAACUUCGAACACGAACGCUUCAAACGGAUUGAUUUUUCUCACUCGAAAGAAAUGAUGAAGAUUUUUCACAAGAAAUUUGGUCUCCAUCAUUUCCGCACAAAUCAGUUGGAGGCUAUCAAUGCGGCUCUGCUUGGCGAAGACUGUUUCAUCUUAAUGCCCACCGGUGGAGGCAAAAGUCUUUGUUAUCAGCUACCGGCCUGUGUUUCUCCUGGAGUCUCUAUCAUCAUCUCCCCGUUGAGAUCGCUGAUCGUGGAUCAAGUCCAGAAGCUAACUUCCUUAGAUAUUCCAGCGACUUAUCUCACUGGUGAUAAGACAGAUUCUGAAGCUGCCAGUAUCUACCUGCAAUUAUCCAAGAAGGAUCCCAUAAUAAAACUUCUAUACGUUACUCCGGAGAAGGUCUGUGCAAGUAACCGGCUAAUUUCUACCCUGGAAAACUUGUACGAAAGGAAAUUUUUGGCCCGUUUUGUUAUUGAUGAAGCACACUGUGUCAGUCAGUGGGGCCAUGAUUUCCGGCAGGACUACAAGCGGAUGAACGUGCUGCGUCAGAAGUUCCCUUUGGUCCCCGUGAUGGCCCUCACCGCCACUGCUAACCCCAGGGUGCAGAAGGACAUUCUCACUCAGCUGAAGAUUCUCAAACCCCAAGUGUUUAGUAUGAGCUUUAAUAGGCAUAACCUGAAAUAUGAUGUACUUCCCAAAAAGCCAAAAAAGGUAGCCUUUGACUGUUUGUCAUGGAUCAGAAAACAUCAUCCAUAUGAUUCAGGGAUAAUUUACUGCCUUUCCAGGCGUGAAUGUGACACAAUGGCUCUCACUCUGCAGAAGGACGGCCUCGCCGCCCUGGCUUACCACGCUGGUCUCAGCGAUUCCGCUCGAGACGAAGUACAGCACAAAUGGAUUAAUCAGGAUGGCUGCCAGGUUAUCUGUGCGACGAUCGCUUUUGGGAUGGGGAUUGACAAACCAGAUGUGCGCUAUGUCAUCCACGCCUCGCUCCCGAAAUCCGUGGAAGGUUACUAUCAGGAAUCUGGACGAGCCGGGCGAGAUGGUGAAAUGUCUCGCUGUCUCCUCUUCUACAGCUACCAUGAUGUAAUCCGGCUUAAAAGGCUUAUAUUAAUGGAGAAAGAUGGAAAUAGUCACACCCGACAAACCCACUUUAAUAACCUGUAUAGCAUGGUGCAUUAUUGUGAAAACAUCGCAGAAUGCCGGAGGAUACAGCUUUUGUCCUACUUUGGGGAAAAUGGGUUCAAUCCGAAUUUUUGUAAGGAACAUCUGGAUGUGGCUUGCGAUAACUGCUGCCAGAAGAAGGAUUACAAAUCAAGAGAUGUGACAGAGGAUGUGAAAAAUAUUGUCAGAUUUGUCCAGGAACUUGAUUUACUGCAGGGAAGAAGAAAUAUGAGAAAUUUAACUUCCCCUGGAAGAUUUACCAUGAACAUGUUGGUCGAUAUUUUCUUGGGUAGCAAAAGUGCCAAGGUUCAGUCAGGUAUAUUUGGGAAGGGGAGUUCGUACUCCAGGCACAAUGCUGAAAGGCUUUUCAAAAAACUGGUCCUGGACAAGAUUCUGGAUGAAGAUUUGUUCAUCAAUGCUAAUGACCAACCGAUCGCCUAUAUCAUAGCCGGAGAGAGAGCCCAGGCUGUCCUUAAUGGGUAUUUGAAGGUGGACUUUAUAGAGACGGAGAACGCAAGCAGCAUCAGAAAGCAGAAAGCACUAGUGGCCAAGGUGUCCGAACGAGAAGAAAUGGUGAAAAAGUGCCUCGGGGAACUGACAGAAGUCUGCAAAGCUCUGGGCAAAGUGUUUGGUGUCCAUUACUUCAAUAUUUUUAAUACCGUUACUCUCAAGAAGAUUGCAGAAUCUCUAUCGUCCGACCCUGAGGUUUUGCUUCAGAUCGACGGAGUUACGGAAGAUAAACUAGAGAAAUACGGUGCUGAAGUGAUUGGAGUCCUGCAGAAAUAUUCCGACUGGACAUUACCAGCAGGUGGUGGCGACAAGGACCCCUCCUGGGUCAGUGCCCACGAGGAAGAAUUUGGCGGGAGAUCCGUCAGCCAAGAGGAUGGCGAAGAAGUCCACGUCGCUUCUCGCUAUUUUGGGAGAAAAACGGAAAGUGGAACAAAGAGGAAAAGGACGCCGGCCUUCCAGAGGGUCAAGAGGAAGAAAACCGGACCUGGCGGCCAGAAGUCAAAUGCCAAAGGGGGUCCAAACACCUGCAGAAAGACACUGUCUUCCAAAAUCAAAGCUUCCCGUUCACUCGGCUCCCAGUCAACGUCAGAUGGCAUUCAGAUGACAUCGGGAAGCGGUAGGAAGCUAGGAUUGAUGGCCCUACCGAAGCCUAAAAAUAGACAGUUCCUCCAGCCUUCGUACACGUUCCUGUAACCGCCGACCCAAGGUGUGUCUUCUAUGGGACUUAAUGCUUCUGCACCCCUCACCAUCUGAUGGGUUUAAAAGGUACUGAGCAUGUUAAGCAUACACGACUUGUCAUUUUGCUCCUCAAGAAGCGUUUACAUUUCAAUAAACGUCUAGA